UGUGCCAACAAUUUGAGCUUAUCUUAUUCUAUAGAACAAAAUGCAGCCACUGUAGCGUCUGAAACAACAAAGUGGAAUCGCACUCAACUCAACUCGCCGGGAAACCCAGCCGAACUAACUCGUCGCCGGCCACUAACCCUCCGGCACUCAUCCAGGUUUGGGGAGAAAGCAUUUUUUUUUAUGGCCAUUGCAUUUAAAUCAUCUUGCUUCUUGCAAUUGAACAAACCCGAGACCGGUUUCCGGAGCAGUUUUUCCUCCAAGAAAACUGUAGUUUCGGUGAAACGAUACACUCCGGUGGUGGCUGCUAUCAAGACCAUGGAAACAGUUGGACUCUCCGAAACAUUCAAAAGACUGAAGGAACAAGGAAAAGUGGCUUUAAUCCCAUACGUCACAGCUGGUGAUCCUGAUCUUUCAACCACAGGAGAAGCACUCAAAGUGCUUGAUUCAUGUGGAUGCGACAUUAUUGAGCUCGGUGUUCCUUACUCUGAUCCUUUGGCGGAUGGUCCUGUUAUCCAGGCUGCUGCUACACGAGCUUUAGCAAGGGGGACUAAUUUUGAUUCGAUUAUUGCUAUGUUGAAGGAGGUUAUUCCGCAGUUAUCUACUCCAAUUGCACUGUUUACGUAUUACAACCCAAUACUGAAGCGUGGUACGGGGAAAUUUAUGGCCACUGUAAGAGACACCGGUGUUCACGGGCUUGUAGUCCCUGAUGUUCCUCUGGAGGAGACAAAAAUGUUAAGGGAAGAAGCUAAGAAGAAUGGAAUUGAAUUGGUACUCCUCACAACACCCACCACUCCGGCAAACCGGAUGAAAGCCAUUGUUGACGCUGCAGAAGGAUUUGUGUAUCUUGUGAGCUCCGUGGGGGUAACUGGAGCCCGAGCGUCCGUUAGUGCUAAAGUUCAGGCCCUUCUGCAGGAAAUCAAAGAGGCAACAACUAAGCCUGUGGCCGUUGGUUUUGGAAUAUCAACUCCUGAACAUGUGAAGCAGGCAAGUACUUUGUCCAUAUUUAUUUUAGUAUGCUUCUACUUAACUUUGGUUAAAUAAUUGAUCAAUCAAAUAAUUUGUUACAGAUAGCGGGAUGGGGAGCUGAUGGAGUGAUUGUUGGCAGUGCUAUAGUGAAGGUGCUUGGCGACGCCAAAUCUCCCCAAGAAGGAUUGAAAGAACUAGAAAUUUUCACCCGCUCCUUAAAAUCAGCACUGGAUUGAAAUUAUGUCUGGAUAUGCACAAACUUGUAGUAGUAUAUUUUUGUUGAUCCAUUCUAAUAGUUGUUUGUCUUCAUGGAUAAUGGAUCUGUUUUUAUUAAGUUUUGAUAAAUUAAAAUAACAAGAUGCAUGGGGAGAAUUUAAAAUUUUAGUUCAAGUUGGAAUGAGUUUAAGAUUUUUAUAAAUAAUGAGCUAGUAUCUAAAGGAAACUUAAAUUCUUUUGUCAA